AUGCCAUCCAUCUGGCGACCAAAGCCUAGGAGGCUUCCAAGACCUUUCGUGGAGGACGAAGCCGAAUCCCUCUCUCAUGAACUUGGAGGUUUAUCUCUGUUAGGGGAAAAGCCCGGGGUAGAAGGCGCCUGUGAGCGUGGAACGGUUGACCAGCUGCCCAUUCUUCUAGACAUUGAGAACCUUCCUCGAUCAGCUACCGCUGAUACGGAUGCUUCAACUUCACAACCUCCUUCUCUAGUUAGCGAGUCGUCUAGGGAAAGCUCUGGGCCAUGUACGCCACCGCCGAUUGAGUUUAUUCCACAAGCCAAACACGAUCAACGUGAACAAUUAGAUUACGGUCCAUCAUAUACCUACUCAAUCAAGCCACCGAGGCAUUCCAGUCGCGCUGCUUACUGUACAGUUGACCAGCUAAACACUCUGCAACGAGAAUCACACAUCAACGAGACUAGACUGCGACGCACAAGUCCUCCUCGACGCCAAAACCAGCCGCUACCAUCCCCGAGCCAGAUUUCGGUUACUGUCCGUACUCAAAAUACCCCAGUAGUCCGCCGCACCGAGCCUGGGACCACUCGCAGACCCACGAUAGCAGAGCUUUUGGAGGAGAAACUUAGACUUCGCAGGGAGCAAAAGAAUCUCUAUCAACACGAUGGCAGACAAAGCGGAGAACUUCAUCAAUCAAACACGGUGAUUUCCUCUGCUCCAUCUUCGCCUAUUCAAAAAUUGAGUGCAAAAAUUGCUCCUGUGCAAUACAUCUCUCCGCCAAGCUCUCCUCUCAGCCCUCUCAAAGAAGUACCGCCGAGUGACUCUCAAGACUGGAAUGCGUACUAUCCUUCAGUUGGCUCAGCCACACCUCCCAGCCAAGAAAUAUCUUACUUUCCAACUACUCCUAAACAGAGGCGGCUGCCAUCUCCACGGCAUUCUUCUGAUGAAGGUACCGAAUACAAACCUGUGAGGGCACGGCGAGCUGUGUCCUUUAAAGACACGCCACAAUAUCAUGUACCAGAAUCCUCUAAGACACCAGUCUUCAGUCGCCACAGCUCUGAUAUCUCGCCAACCCGAACAAUAGUUGCAGCUAGCUCCCCGAAACGUGUUGCUGUUCGCCCGUCCGAGCCGUCACAGAACCUCGCGUUGCGUCCUUGCCCAAGAUCUUAUCCAGCUUCGGGGCAUCAAGACUGGUACACAAUGUCUGGACUAGAGCAUUUGAACAUUUGCCCUUCUUGCAUGAGUCAGAUUGGUAACUCCAGGUUUCGUGAUUAUUUCAUGCCUAGUCUCAACAACGCGCAGGCGCGUAUAAGCUGCUCAUUCAGCGAGGUAUGGACAAGAUUGGCCUGGAUCCAGACUAUCAAAAAGAACCACAGCAACCUGGGUCUAUUGUACGAAAUGACUCGGCCCACAGGUCUGGCCUGCCCUGGGCGCAGAUUAUCAACUCAGGUUUGGUAUCGGAUGGUUGAUAGUGAAACGGGUCUGAAUGUCCCCAAAUUUGCAGCUUGUUCGGCAUGUGUACGCAAUUUGGAAGUUUUGAUGCCUCCUCUACAGUCGACCUUUCGACGUCAACUCGGCCUUCAGGAGAAAUUCUGCGAUCUCGCUGUGGAUAGCCCCCGAUUUGUGCAGUAUGUGGACAUUCUCGAUGCUGCAGCUACUCAGUGCGAGGUUGAACGAUACAAAUAUCCGGAUAAUGGCAGAUUCAUCGGUUACUUUGAGCGAAAGUGCAACCUUCGAGACUGUCGACGCCAGCGACCCAUCCUUGGAACAUGGCAUUACAUCCCGGAACUGCCUGAGUUUACCGUUUGUGAAGACUGCUACGAUGAUGUCGUACGUCCUUUAGCAGCAGCACAGAAGCCAAUUGCCAGACGACUAGCAAAUCCCCCUCGACUGCUACAAGGAUCAGGCCCGAACCGUUGUCGCGAGGCAAGCUGUCAAUUGUAUUCACCUCGCAUGCGAGCGAAAUUCAAAGACGCAGUUUUGGAUAAUGACUACCGGAUGCUGGAAUCUCAUGCAUUGAAGAGGUUUGAUGCCGAAUUACGAUUUCAUGACAGAGAGGAUCAAUUGCUUCGUGUACCAGAGGCAGAUAGGGGACGGCACUGGGAGGAUGAAUGGAGACAUAACCUUGAUGCUUGGAAACUUUACGAAUGA